AUGACUCACGAGAGCGUUUGGUACUCCCGCCCCCGCAAGUACGGCAAGGGCUCCCGCGAAUGCCGCGUUUGCUCCCACCGCGCUGGUCUGAUCCGCAAGUACGGCAUGAACAUCUGCCGUCAGUGCUUCCGUGAGAAGUCCACCGACAUUGGUUUCAACAAGGUUCGUUCAUACUCGAUCAUCCACCACUCGACAUACACAUACGCACAAAACACAUCCGCCCACCGAAUCCCGCCAUGA